GUCGCGCUGCGGGACUGUUGUUUUCUGCCUAAAUGAUGCUUUCCCCCGCAGUUUUCAGUCCCGCAGCCUCACCGAAAGGAGAUUUUACCCCUCAAAUAACACUUGUCCCGUAAUUUUCAAUCUCGCUGAGGGGAGAUUUUAUUCUUCAAAUGGCGCUCUUCCCGCAAUUUGCAAUCUCGCAGCCUCACUGGAGAUUUUACCCCCCAAAUGAUGUUCCCCUCCCCAUUUUUCAGCUUCACAGCCUCGCUAUGGAGUGAUUAUCCCCGAAACGUUUCCCCCCUGGUUCCAGCCCCACAGACUCACUAAGGGACGAUUUUACCCACUCUGAAUUACGCUUUUCCCGCAAUUUUCAGACCCGUGAGUCCGUGGACCGAGUAUUUCCUAUAAGAAAAGCUGAAAAAUGUGAGUCAGCUCAGCCAGCACCGCGGGGAACCCCUGCUCACCAGCCUGCCCUGCAUUAAUAUUUUUAACGUAAACUCUUUAGUAGCUUUUAACGCAAUCCUGCUGCGUCACGGGAGGGUUUUCCCAUCCCAAGCGCAGUGGUGACCUCGGCAUCCAGCUCUGACGUAGCUGUGGAAGCGGAUAAACUCAUGGCGUCAACCAAAGGGAGGGGCGCAAGCUGGGCCUGUGAGGCGGGAUACGCGAAGCCCGCCCGCCGUUCUGUUUGUCCAUCGUGGGCCGCCGUCCAGCGCCGUUCCCGCUCUGCGCUGCCGCUGUUCUACAGUAGUCGCUGGAGGUCAGGGAGCGGAAGGCGUCGCUACGUGAAUGCGUCACUUCCUAGAGGCGCUCGUGGCGGGGAGAACCAUGCCUAAGUUUUAUUGUGAUUACUGUGACACGUACCUCACCCAUGAUUCGCCUUCCGUGAGGAAAACGCAUUGCAGUGGCCGGAAACACAAAGAGAAUGUGAAAGACUACUACCAGAAAUGGAUGGAGGAGCAAGCCCAGAGCCUGAUUGAUAAAACAACGGCUGCAUUCCAGCAAGGGAAAAUCCCCCCGACUCCAUUCUCGGCCCCACCGCCCGCAGGAGCCAUGAUCCCUCCGCCUCCCAGCAUCCCUGGCCCCCCACGGCCUGGCAUGAUGCCGGCCCCUCACAUGGGUGGACCACCAAUGAUGCCAAUGAUGGGCCCUCCCCCACCAGGAAUGAUGCCAGUUGGACCUGCUCCAGGGAUGAGGCCACCAAUGGGAGGACACAUGCCAAUGAUGCCAGGGCCCCCAAUGAUGAGACCACCCUCCAGACCCAUGAUGGUGCCAACCAGGCCAGGAAUGACUCGUCCAGACAGAUAAAGAUGGACAUGGAGCUGCCUUUUCUCUUUCACCUUCUGAUCCUCCCUACGAUAAAGUCCCCUAGACACCUGUCCUUAGGAUUUUGUACUCAGUGUGCAGAGAUCUGCUGCCCCAUCAGCCUGGGCACACACUGGACUGAUACCUUUGUACCUGGUCUGGUUUUCUUGGUGGUUUUAUUUGUUUGCUGGGGUUUUUAUCCCCUCAUUGAGUUGUAAAAUAAAACAAUAAACCGUGGAUGCUGGUUUA